UGUGCAUCUCGGCCAACGCGAGCGAACGAUUGCCGCCGUGAGCCAAGAUCAUGUAUGGAAUUGCCGUGAUGCCUGACAGCGGCGACAUGUUAGGGAACCUGCGGAGACCUGUGUUCAUUCGUCAGUCUUCUCUUCCUUACACCUCUAAUCACACAGGCCGGAAGGAACAGUAUUGUCUUACCCUUGGGGUCCCGGAAGUACUCAAACACCGGGUACACAACAAACAUGGUGGUAGCCAUCGUGUCGAACUGAAUCUCGCAAAUCAGACUUCAGCAAGAGAGGUGUGUAGUAGAGAAGAAGAAGAAGGAUGGAGGAAACAGAAGACUGGCGCCUCCCACCAGCGCCUCCCAGCAGUCUCUUAUAUCCAUCCCAUCCGCGCACCUACCUACUCCUACAGCUCUUCUGCACACACGCACGCACCAACCAACGAAUAAUCAAUCGAUCCAACCCCACCAGUCACGUCCACCACCCCAGCACGGGCAAACCUGCCCUUCCCGCCUCGCCCCAGGAACCGCCGUACGCCACACCCCGCAAGGAGGCACCUAGGGCAGGCAAGUCCGAUAUGAGUAGGAGCAAAUUUCCGCAUCCGGCACAGCCGCAGCAGGCCCGCCCGUGCUUCGGUGCGGGGCCCCGCGCCAAGCGAGCCUCUAGCGCUGAGCGAGCGGUGUUUUGGUACGCCUUGGUGCCCGGUCAGGCUUACUCUAACGUCCGACGACAGGGAAAGUUGCCCCGCCCGCUUCUUCUGGGAGCAGGUACUCUACUCGAGUACACGACGGGAGCGCGCAUCGAGAUGACAGCCGCUCGCUCGCUAGCUUCCCGCCUGGGUAGGUCAUCGCUGCGGCCAUGCAUGGCGCUAGCUAGGGCUGCUUAUCUCCCGCAUGAACCUGGCACGCGGGUGUUCAGGUACUGUACAGCCUCAUUGCUGCGUAGCACCAGCACCGAUACCGGCAUGACAUAGCCACCGUGUUCAAAUCUUCCAUUGAUCUCUCAAGCUCUCGAUGAUACGCACAGCCCGCCAGCCGAUCU